GGGAGGGGAGGGGGGGGACGUGUCGGUGUCGGUGCCCCACACAGACGCAGUGGCCUCGCGGUCGGUUCCUGGCGCGGGAUCCGGUGCGGCUUCGUGUUGUUCACGUGAGUUUGUUUCCCGCGCGUGUGAGUGUCGGUGUAUGGAGCCGCCGCUCCCGGGCGGCCCGGGCCCGGCCCCGGCACAGGGGGACCGGGAGGUGUUGGCGUGUGUGGGAGCAGAGGAUCGGGAAGGAGUGCGGCGCUGUCUGGAGGGAAUGGGAGAGAGAGAGCUCGCGGCCCUGAUCACACGCCAGGCCUUGAGAGGGAGCAACACCGGGACCGUGGUCAGAGCCAUCCUCAGAGCUUCCCCGGGCGGGCGGGAGGACGGCACGUGUCAGCGGCUGCUCGUGUACCGGCACUGUGUGCAGCUGCUGGAGUCGGGGGACCUGCAGGCGGAGGUGGCGGCUGAUGUUACUGGGACGCUGAUGCUGGAGGCACACCGGCUGCCGGGAGGCACUCUCGCUGAGCUGGCAGGCUGUUACGUGGAUGCGAUCAAAGGGGGCGGCAUUGCCAAUGGCAAAUCCCUGGAGCUUUUCCCCACCAUCCUGACUGCCCUGGCAUCCGCACAGAGCCUGGCGUACGGCAAAGGGCAGCUGAGCGGCGAGGAAUACAAGAAGCAGCUGAUCAACACACUUUGCUCCAGCAGAUGGGAACCAAAGUGCGUGAUUCACCUGGCGUCAAUGUUCAGGGAUGUACCAGUGAGUGUGGAGGAACUGCAGUUUGUUGUGGAGAAAGUGCUGAGGAUGUUCUCCAGACUGGAGCUGCAAGAGCUACCUCCUCUGGUCUACCAGCUACUGCUCCUCUCGGCCAAGGGCUGUAAGAAGCUGAUUUUGGAAGGAAUUAUAAUUUUCUUCAACAAGCAAGAUCAGCUGCAGAGAGAAGAGCAGAUGGACACUGAGUCUACAGAGCUGGAAGUUGCCACAGUGCCACAGGAGCAGCUGCGACAUGUGGAGGGAACAGUUAUUCUCCACAUUGUGUUUGCUAUCAAACUAGACCAUGACCUGGGCCGUGAACUCAUCAAAUGUCUGAAGGCUGGUCAGCAAGGAGAUAGCAGCCGGCUUCUCUGCUCCUUCAACAUGGCGCUGAUCCUCUCUGUGACUCGCAUACACCGGUUUGAGGAUCAGGUGUUUGACUUACUAAAAGCAACCAUCAUAAAGAGCCUGAAGGACAGCCAGUUUCAGCAGAAUUCCCGUUUCCUGCAGGAUCUGAUGCCGACACCGAGCAGUGUGUCAGACAUGAUACUGGAGACGGUAGCAAACAGUGUGUUUGGUUGGGACCACGUCACUCAGGCGCUGGUUCAGAUGGGAUUCAUAUUAAUGGACUCUUUUGGGCCGAAGGCGGGUCCAUUUGGGAAAGCUGCCGAGACCAGUACAAAUGGUAUAAGAUCCCCGUCUCAGCAAGCGUGCCGCCUGGGAGCUGCAAUCCUUCUGCAAACGUUCAAGGUGCAUGAACCAAUCCGCAGCGAAAUUCUAGAGCAGGUUCUGAACCGAGUGGUUACUAGGAGCACCUUACCCAUCAACCACUAUCUAGAUCUGCUGUCGGACAUUGUGGUCUCAGCCCCUCUCAUUCUGUUGGACUCUUCCUCCAAGGUCAUCGAGGCCUUUGACCACCUGUCCUACCUGCCCCUCAGCACGGUGCAGGGGCUGCUGAAGGCCAUACGGCCGCUGCUGAAGGUCAGCAUGUCCAUGAAAGAUUCCUUGAUCCUGGUUCUACGCAAAGCCAUGUUCUCCAGUCACUUGGACUCUCGGAAGUCUGCUGUCGCUGGUUUUCUGCUGUUACUGAAGAACUUUAAGGUGUUGGGAAGUCUGGCCUCCAGCCAGUGCACCCAGUCUGUCACAGCCAGUCAGGUGCAGGUAGAUGUUCACACACGUUACAAUGCGUCUGCGAACGAGGCUCUGUGCCUGGAGAUCCUGGGUAGUCUCCGGCGGUGUCUCAGCCAGCAAGCCGACGUCAGACUCAUGCUAUACCAGGGUCUGUUUGACGUUCUGCGGCGGAACUCUCAGCUGGCAAACACCAUCUUACACACCCUGCUGUCACAGAUGAAGCAGUAUUACGAGCCGGGAGAGGACCUGCUGCCGCCGCUCAAGCUGGAGGCCUGUAUCACAGCCCAGGGUGAUCACAUCCACCUGCAGGAGCCUCUGGCGCAGCUUCUGAGCUGUGUACAGAGCUGUCUGGCCUGGUGUCGGCAGACGCUCCCUCACACCAACGCCCACCACGACGAUGAGGAUGCUGAUGAUGAUGAUGCGGACAGCAGCUUUCAGAACGAGCUGGAGGAGCAGCUGGACUCCAUCACCCUGCGCAUGGUGAAGAGCGAGUUGGAGGACUUUGAGUUGGACAAAUCAGCAGACUUUUCUUCAGGGACCAACGUAGGUGUUAAAAACCACCUUUAUGCUGUGCUGGUGCUGGGAGUGUUGGAGGUCCUAAUGGAGUAUAAUUUCACCAUCGGCGAUUACAGUGUAAACCGCUUCCAGGAUGUUCUCAGCCUUUUCCACCGUCACCACAAGCUGUGGGAGUUAUUGAAGGAGAAAUCUGGCAAAGGCAAACCUGCCUCGAGCUGGAAAUCCCCCCGGAGCCUGCUCACGUUCCACUUCCUCUCCCACUUACUGACCAACCUCUUCAGAGAUAACACUCAGAGCCACGAGGAAAGCCUGUCUGUACUGCGCUCCAGCAAUGAAUUCCAGCGUUACGUGGUCAGCAUGGCUCUGCAGAAAGUGCAGCAGGUGGAGGAGAGUGGGCAGGCGGACGGACCUGACGGACAAUCACCUGAGAAAGUUUUUAAAUAUCUCUGUGACAUGACCCGAGUCCUGCUCUGGAGAUACACCUCAAUCCCCUCCGCGGUGGAAGAAUCCGUAAAGAAAGAGAAAGGGAAGACGAUCUCGCUGCUGUGUUUGGAGGGGUUACUGCGCAUAUUUAACACUGUGCAGAGCAGAUACCAGGACAAGAUGGAGCAAUUCCUCAGCGCAAUUGACGUGAGUGAGGAGGGAGAGGAGCAGGAGAAUGUCAACAUCACCGACAAAACCGCCUUCCACAUCCGGCAGUUCCAGAGGUCACUGGCCACCCAGCUGAGUGGCAGUGAGGAAGAGUUUAACAGUAAGGAAGCACAGCUGUUAGUGAAUAUCUUGUCCACACUCUCGCGACUAUUGGAUCGCGCAUCUCAACAGUUUGCACAGAUGUUAACAUGGACGGAGAAGAUCUGUAAGGAGAGCAGUCUGGAGGAUGUGCAGUUCUGCCGAGGUUUGAUGAACCUGCUGUUCAGCCUGCACACGUUGCACAGGAGCCCGGUGGGGCUGCUGCGGGAGCUGUCUCAGGAUAUCCACAGCCACCUGGGGGACAUUGACCAGGAAGUGGAAAUAGAGAAACACUCCCAUUUUGCCAUUGUGAGUCUCAAGACAGCAGCUCCGACUGUGAUGCUCCUGGUUUUGUCACAAGUGGCUAAGGUUCUGGAGGAGGUUGAGUGGCUGAUUAUCAAACUGAAGGGUCAGCUGGAAGCAGACAGAGGAAUGACAGAGGAGGGCUCUCCGUGCUCAAGUGCCCAGGAGGCUGUGGAGAAAGCCGCCAUUCUGCAGCUGGCUACAGUGUUGACGGCGUUUCAUGAGCUGAUGCAGACGGCCAUCCCGGCCGGCUCCUGUGUGGACGUUCUCCUGAAGGAACUGGCUAAGAUGUACAACAUCCUGACGGCUCUCGUAAAAUAUUAUAUCCAAGGUUACACCGGACACACAGCUCAUCUCUCUCCCAGGUUUGAGAAGCUGGUAAAGCUCUCUGGGUCCCACCUGACCCCACACUGCUACGCCUUUAUAACCUACGUCCAGAAUAUCCAGAGUGAAAUGGGGAGUUUGGGAGCAACUGUGGACAAGAAAAAGGACAAGAAGGAGACAGGAGCCGUUAUUGCAGCUGCCACGGCUAAGGUGUUGCGUGAGACCAAGCCGAUCCCCAAUCUGAUCUUCGCUGUCGAACAGUAUGAGAAGUUCCUCAUUCACCUCUCCAAGAAAUCCAAGGUGAAUCUGAUGCAGUACAUGAAGCUCAGUACAUCCCGGGAUUUCCGCAUUAAUGCGGCCACGCUGGAUGCUGCACUGCAGGACCAGGAAACCCAGGACCAGGAAGAACCAAGUGAUCAGCUGGAGAACCGAGAAAACCAAGAGCCAAAAAAGAAGAGGAAGAGGAGGUGAAACGAGCAGUACCAGACUUUGCUCUGUCCCAGCAAAGGAGCAGCAGAGAUGCGCAGACAAUCUCUCCCCCUACCCCGUGCCAGCGAACCCCAACCCCACAGACCUCCAACCCCCUGCCAGACACUCCCAACACUGAAAAUGUUCCCUCCUCCGGGGCUCCAGACACUCUCACUCACGUUUCCCACUUUGUCUUCAUUUCUUUUUGCUGAGAGAACCACCAGUUUGUUCAAUGGUUUGAUAAAUAUCAAGUGCUUCUCCUGAAACAGAAAAUAUAGAUUGUAUAAUAUGUCCCAGAUUGAAAAAUGCACCACGUCUGUUAAAGUGCUAAAACUUGAGUUGCGUGUUGACAUUUACCAGAAUAAAUUGAAUUCUUGAAUUGGAA